AUGGAAUUAAAUAAAAAUGAAGAUAUAAAUAAAAUAAAUUUGGAUGGUAUACAAGUUGAGUCUUCCUCAAAAGAGGAAGCCAUUAGGGUUUGUACUCGUAUAAGGCCCUUGUUUGAGAAAGAAAUUAACAAAGGACACUUGAAGGCUUGGAAAAUGAACGAAACGGAUAUGCACUUAAUUAUAGAUCCCCCGUCCAUGACAGAAAUGUUAAAUGCAAGGGUUGCUAAAAAAGGAAAUAAAAUAGAAUUAAAAAAAAAUGUGGAAAAGAGUGAAGGACAAAAAGCUGUUAUUCAGCGUCAUUAUGCAUUUGAUAGAUGUUUCGACGACUAUGUUGGAAAUGAUGAGGUUUACAAACAUUUAGCAAGAGAUAUCAUUCUGGAUACAUUUAAAGGAAUUAAUGGGUGUAUUUUGGCGUAUGGACAAACCGGUUCAGGAAAAACGCACAGUGUCAUGGGUAUUCCAGAUGAUCCAGGUAUGUUACCAAGAUCGUUAGCGGAAUUUUUUAAUGGUAUUGAAAAUCCAUCUUCAUUAAACGAAAACAAUAUAAACAUUGGUGAUGAUGAUGGGCACUCAAAUGAGAGUAACAAUAAUAAUGAUAAUAAUAAUACAAAGGAGUUUUUAAUGAGUGUGACUUAUUUGGAGGUAUAUAUGGAACGAGUAAAUGAUUUACUACAAGAAGGCUAUAGAGGUGGUGCUACCGAAAAUUUAGAUGUUAAGGAAGACCCCAAAAGAGGAUUUGUUGUUAUAGGUAUUCAAGAAGAAACUGUAACUUCUAUAGAUGAAGUUAUGCUUCUGGUAGCAAAAGCAGAACAAAGAAGACAUAUAGCGCAAACAAAUUUUAAUGAAACAUCAUCUAGAUCCCACACAAUAUUUACAGUAAUAUUAGAAUCGAAUCAAGUAUUAAAUGAUGGAACAUCUAUUAAUAAAAAAGGAGAAUUAAAAAUUGUAGAUUUAGCUGGUAAUGAAAGAGCAGGAAGAGCGGCUGAAGGGAUAGAAAAUUCCAAAACUCUUAUGGAAGAAGGAAAAGCAAUAAAUAAAAGUUUAUUUGUUUUAAGUGAAGUUAUAUCAAAACUAUCUAAAAGAGCUCAAACUAUAAUAGCAGGUGAUGAAAAAAAAAUUAAAAGGAUUCAAGAGGAUUUGGUUUUUAUUCCAUGGAGAGAUUCAAAAUUAACUAGAAUUUUGAGUAAAAGUUUAGGAGGGAAUUGUCGUGCAUCUGUUAUUGUUGCUGUCCAUCCAUCUCAUUUUUAUUUGGAUACGUCAUUUUCUACUCUUCGUUUUGCUUUAAAAUGUAAAACAAUAAAAAAGAAAAUAGAAGUGAAUUAUUUAUCAGCUGAGCAAUCUGUUAUUAUGCAACAAAAGGAAUUAAUAGCAAAGUUACAAAAUCAAUUAAAACAUUUAGCAACAACUAAAAAUGUAGAUAUGCAACUUAGUGGAGGAGGAGAUAAUAAAUAUUCUACAAAUCGUAAACCAGAAGAUGAUGAAAAAAUAUUAGCAUUAAAACAUGAAUUAGAAGAAAAAGUAAAAAAAUUUCAAAAUUUUAUAUUAAAAUCAGAAUUUCAUGUUAAUUCUAGUAAUUAUCGGGCACUUCGUUCAAUUGAUGAACAUACAGAAAAGUCUUUAAAAUAUUCUAUAUCUAUUUCAGCAAAUAUGAAAAAUGAAUAUAAUUGGUUAAGAUCUUUAGAUACUAAUGAAUAUGAUACCAAGUGGGACGGCUUCGAUAAAUAUGAUGAUCAGAAUGCUAAAGAAAAAUUUAAUAUAUCUAAAGCUAUGGAUUAUUUAAAAAAUAAAUCACCAUAUAAAUUGAAUUCUUCCGAAAUGAGUGAUAUAUUAUCAAAUGGAUCUCAGAAGGAUGAUUCUAUAUCAUUGAAUUAUUAUAAUGAGUUGGAUGAAUUAGAAAAACUCGAAAAAAAUGAACUAAUGAAAAGAGAGAAAAAAAGGAAAGAAAACAACAAAGAAAAGGAUCGAGAUAGAGAAAAAAUGGAUGCAAGGAGUGUUGUUUCUAAUAAGGUCUAUGAUGAUAUAACUAAAUUAAAUAUUAUUGAAAAUAAUAAUUUUAAUGAAAAUAAGGAUAAGUUUCAUUUGAAAAGGAAGGAAACAAAGAAGAAACAAAAAAUGCAGAAAAGAAUUAAUAACAUGAUGGAUUACAUGACAAAGGGCACUUUAUUAUUUAAGAAAAGUACAAAGUUGAAGAAUAAAAAUAAAAAAAAAAAAUUAACAAACAAUAAUAUAAAUAUUAAUGAUGAUAAUAUUAAUGAUGAUAAUAUAAAUGGUGAUAAUAUAAAUGGUGAUAAUAUUAAUGAUGAUAAUAUAAAUGGUGAUAAUAUAAAUGGUGAUAAUAUAAAUGGUGAUAAUAUAAAUGAUGAUAAUAUAAAUGGUGAUAAUAUAAAUGAUGAUAAUAUAAAUAAUAUCGAUUGUGCUUUUAAUACAAAAAAGAUAACAAAGAAAUAUAAAAAAAAAAGUAAAAUAAAUAAAACACAGCAAAUUUGUAGAGAUAAGGACAUGUAUGAGACUUCAUCUAUUACGCAAAAUACUGUUGAAGAAAAAAGAGAUAAAGAUAUUUUAAAAGAAAAAGGUGAAUCUCCAUUUCAAUCUUUUGAUAAUAAUAUAAAUGACACUAGUAAUGUACUUAUAAAAUCCAUUUCUUCUUCUGUAAAGUUUCUUUCUUCAAAAGAAAGAUAUAAUAAUAACCAAAAAAGAAAAUCCAUCAUAUCAAAUUUGAAGGAAAAGAUAGAAGAGGAUUUAAAGAAAAAAAAAAAAAUUAUUAAUAGAAAUGUGGAACUUAAUAAACAAAUAAAGUUUAUAAUGAAACUUAUGCAAAAGCUUGGACUUAGUGCAAUAUUAACAGGAACAGUUCCUCCAGGACGAAACAUAGAAAACGUUUUAAAAUUACAGGAAAAUUUAAAAGACGACUUAAGACUUGCAGAAUAUAAUAAAAAAUCAACAAAUGUAUUAGGACUAAAGAAGAAAGGUAUUUAUAAUGAAAAUAACGAUGGUAAUGAAAUAGAUGAGGAAUAUAAUACAAAAAAUGAUAAUAUGGAGAAUACAUUACUAAAUUGUACAUUAGACGAAAAUGAAAAUGACACAGAAUAUAAUGAGACUAUAUCACAUGUAUUUAUAAAUGAAAUGUUUUUUUCCUUUGUAUUAAGAAUACAGCAGAAGUAUUUUAACAAGGGUGAUUCAUUAAAUGAUAUAGAAGAAAUAUUAAAGAAUGAAGAAGAUCCAUAUGAUAUAUCUAAAAAGGCUUUAGAGGAAAUACUAGGAUGUACUCUAGCAAAUAAAGUAAGUAAUAUGGAAGAAAAAAAUUGUAUUAGUAAACAAAUAAAGGAUGAAAAAAAUAAGAAAACAAUCGAUUCAAUUUUAAAUAUGUUAACACCUUGGGAACAAAAAAUAUUGGCUCUUUUAUAUGAACAGCAAAAAAUGAGACAGAAUGUACAGAAAAUUAAGGAGAAGUUUUCGCAACGUAUUCAGAAUAUAAAUAUCUUUAUCAAAAAAAUAUUGAUUGACAAAAUUGAGGUGGAAAAGCAUUUGAAUAGAGUAUUAAAAGCAACGGAGAACUAUAAAGAGGAUUUAUUAAAAACUUCUGAUGUAGAUUCGAAUUUCAAAUUUGCUGGUUUAAUGAAAAAGUUAGAGGAAUUAUCCAUAUCCUUGGCUGAAAAAAAUAGAGAUUUCAACGUAUUGGCAGAGUUCCAUUUGAAUUUGAGAAAAACGCUUGAACAUAAGGAUAUUUUAAUUAAGGAACUGAAGGAGGAAAAUAAAUUAUUUUAUUUAGUUCCGAGGUAUAAUGAACUAUUGCAGCAGUUGGAUGAAACGGAGGAGAGUGUAACUAUUGGUGAUCAGAAAGAAGGGCAUAUUUCGCAAGAGGAUAUUGAAAGUAGGGUUCAUUUGAAUGACAAUAAUAUAGGUGAUGUCAACAAAUGUGAUGGUAAUAUAGAUGAUGUCAACAAAUGUGAUGGUAAUAUAGAUGAUGUCAACAAACGUGAUGGUAAUGUAGAUGAUGUCAACAAAUGUGAUGGUAAUAUAGAUGAUGUCAACCAAUGUGAUGGUAAUAUAUAUGAUGGUAAGCAUAAGAAUAUAGCAAUAAAGGAGUUAAAAAAAGAAUUCCUUUUAAUGUAUGGCAGAUUAAUGUUUUCCAGAAAGAAACUACAGGAAAAAGAAGUUAUAGAACAUGAUAUGAGAAAUUUAAAUAAAAAGAUUUACACAGAAUUAGUAGAAUCCAUAUCUGUUAUAAAAAAUUUAGAAUCUCAGAACAAAUUCUUAGAAUUUAAAUUGAAUAUGGAAAAUAAAAAAAAGUUGGAGAAAAUUAAAAAACUAGUAAAGGAAAAGGAAAAAUUGAAUAAAUUUAUACAUGAAAUAGAAAAAAGGUUACAAAAUGAAAAUAUCGAUUUCGAGGAUGUGAAAAAAGAAAUUCUUGUUAAUAAUAAUAUGUCAGAAAAUAAUUUAGAAAGUCAAGAUGAUGAAAAUGAACAUAAAGAUUUUAUAGAAAAAUUAGAAAAUGAGGGAAACAGUAAAAAUACAAAAAAAGGAAAAAAGAAAAAAAACAAACUAAAAAUAAAAAUAAAAAAAAAAAAAGAGGAAAAUGAAGGAAGGAACAAAAUCAAAAAUUAUAUGAAAGAGAAAAGAGUAAACAAAAAUGGAAAUAAUCAAAAUGAAUAUGAUCAUAAUGAUGAGGAAACAUUUGAUCAAAGGAAUGUAAAUAAAAAUGAUGAUAGUGAAAAUCAAAAAAUAUAUUAUGAUGAAAAUAUUAAUUUUUCUAAAGACCAAAAUUAUAAUCGUAAGGAAUAUACAAAUAAUGACUAUAAAUUUAAGAACCGUUUCCGAAAUAAUAUAUUAAAUGCAAAAAUAGAUUCAAAUCUUAAAAAAAAGAAAAAGAUCAAAAUAAAAAAAAAUAUAUCUGAAGAAAAAAUAAAAUUAAAUAGUUUAUAUGAAGAUAGCCAUAGUGGAUUAUUUGUAGGCAAAUCAAACAAAUAUCAAAUUGAUGAGAGGAAAAAAAAAAAAAUUAUAAAAAAUAAGAUAGCUACGAAGAAUAUACGAGCAGUCGAUGGAUAUCAUGGACAACAUAUUAUGCCUGAUAAGUAUUUAUCAAGUAAUAGUAUAAUUAACCAAAAAUUAAUGAAAAACAAAAAGAGAAUAAAAAAUAAAAAAUAUAUACCACCCCUCGCUGGAGAACAAAAAAGUUUUCUGGAUUCUCUAAGGUCUAGAAAUAGUGUAAUGAAAAAGAACAAGAAGAAAAAAAAAAAAACAAAAAUAAUAGAUAAAGGAAAGACAAAGAGAAAUGUAGAAAAAAAUGAACCAUCUGAAGAAAAUCAACACCAAGGAAAUAAUAAUAAUAAUAAUAAUAAUAAUAAUAAUAAUAAAGAAGAAGAAAAGGGAAAAGAAAUGUGGGAAGAAGAAAAAUAUAACUCUUCCUCUACUGAUUUUGAAAAUAAUGAAGUUCGUCAAAUGUUAGAUGUGGAAAUUGAAAAAAAAAAAAGUAAUCAAAUGUUACAUUAA